AUGCCGCAAGCCGUGACCAUCAAGCAAAUCCCAGGAAAGCCUGGGCAAGUCUAUUACCCCCUGCAACUUACUGAAGUCCCUGAAGUCGAGCCAAAUGCGACAGAGGUUGUUGUUCAAUUAAGUGCGGCCGCACUGAAUCAUCGGGACCUUUUCAUCCGUCAACACUUGUACCCUGGGACAACUUUUGAAGUCCCAUUAUUUUCAGAUGGGUGCGGAGAGGUGAUUCGCGCAGGUAGCUCCGCAGAAGCUCAGAGAUGGCUUCACAAGUGUAUUGUAGUCAAUCCCGGACUUGGAUGGGAAAGUGCGCCUGAAGGGCCAGAAAGUCCAACAGGUUACAAGAUCCUUGGAGGAACCAAGGCGACACCACUAGGUACUCUUCAGCAAUUUCUGUGUAUUGAUCAUCGGGAAAUUGAGGAAGCACCUCAGCAUCUAAGCGCGAUACAAAGCGCAGCAUUACCCUUAACUGGAUUAACAGCAUGGCGAGCUGUGUUCACGAAGAGUGAAAAUGCCAAACCAGGACGGAAUAUCCUUGUCACUGGCAUUGGAGGUGGUGUUGCUCUAAUGGCCUUGUUAUUUGCGACAGCGGCCGGCUGCAAUGUUUUUGUGACGAGCGGCAGUGAAGAAAAGUUAAGCAAAGCGAAGCACCUAGGGGCCAAAGGAGGCGUAAUCUACAAAAACGAGGAUUGGAAUAAAAUGCUAUUAGAUCAGCUGCCUGGCGAGAGAAAAUGGAUUGAUGCCAUCAUCGACGGAGCAGGCGGUGACAUAGUCGAAAAAGGUGCCAAAUUUUUAAAGUCCGGAGGGAUUAUCGUGAGCUAUGGAAUGACGCUUGGCCCCAAGGUUUCUUUUCCGAUGCAAGCAGUUCUGAAAAACAUUGAGAUUCGUGGAUCAACCAUGGGCUCUCGCAGCGAAUUUCGAGAUAUGAUAUCCUUUAUCAAGGCAAAGCAAAUCGUUCCCGUUAUCUCUCGCACUGUAAAAGGGCUUAAUAUUGAGCAGAUCGAGGGGCUUUUCGACGAAAUGAAGACUGGUGCUCAAUUCGGAAAGCUAGUGGUCGAUAUAAACCCAGAAGCAUUUCCUGAGAAGGGCAGUCGACUGUGA